AUGUCAACGGAUUCGGGGUACGGGCAGCCCGGCGGGCCUCCAAGCUAUGGAGCGUAUGGGGCACAGCCUGCAGGUGGCCAGGCGUAUGGGCAAGGAAAUGGCACUGGCACUUAUGGAGCGCAGGCAUACAGUGGCUAUGGUCAGCCCGCUGCAACUCAAGAAAAUUACAGUCAAUCUAGUGUAAGUCAGAGUGCCUAUGGUCAACCGCCGACCGCCUAUGAAGGUUAUGGACAGGGCACAUCUACGUAUGGAGACAAGUCUUCUUCCUAUGGCCAAGCUGCAGCUUCAUAUGGUCAGCCUCCACCGACUGCUACUUAUGGCCAGCCGAGCUCCUAUGGAAGUCAGAGUCAAGGAGGAGACCCUUACGCAAGCCAAGGUGGUGGAAGCAGCAGCGGAAGCCGAUGGAGUGACGCCGGUGAUGACAGUGGUGGGAGAUUUGGCGAUCGCUCAGAUGCAGGCGGUUUCCGAGGCAGAGGUCGUGGUGGCUAUGACCGCGGAGCUGGCUAUGAUCGCAGUGGGGGCUAUGACCGCGGCGGUGGUGGAGGAUUCGACAGGGGUGGAAGAGGUGGACCUCCUGGUAUGGGAGGUGGUGACCGUGGUGGCUACAAAAAUUUCGGUGGAUCACGAGACUAUGGCUCCAGGGAUGAACCAGCCGGUGAACAGGAUAACUCUGACAACAACACCAUCUUUGUGCAAGGCCUUACAGACGAUGUAACGAUUGAACAAAUUGCUGACUAUUUCAAACAAAUCGGGAUCAUCAAGGUGAACAAAAGAACUGGAACGCUUAUGAUAAACAUUUACAGCGAUAAGCUCACCGGUCAGAAAAAGGGAGAAGCGACGGUAUCGUUCGAUGAUCCUCCUUCUGCCAAAGCUGCUAUCGACUGGUUUGACGGGAAAGAGUUCAACGGUAAGCAACUUAAAGUAUCGUUCGCGACCCGGAGGGCGGAGUUUACCCAGCGUGGUGGCGCCGCCGGUGGCAGAGGUGGACGUGGAGGCUUCCGAGGGCGCGGCGGUGGUGGUGGUGGCGGCGGCGGCGGCGGCGGUGGUGGACCAAAUUUUGAUAUCAAAGGAGGAGACUGGCCGUGUCCCAACAGUUCCUGCGGAAACAUGAACUUUGCCCGCCGACACGAAUGCAAUAAGUGUGGUGCCCCUAAGCCAGAUGGCGGCGGCGGCGGUGGCGGCGGAGGACGCUUCGGCGGGGACCGGGGCGGCGGCUUCCGGGGACGUGGAGGUGGCUACCGUGGCGACCGCGGCGGCUAUGAAAGGGGAGGCGACCGCGGCGGAGGUGGUGGAUUUGGAGGCGGUUAUAAAAUGGGUGGAAGAGGUGACCGCAGAGACGACAGACGAGAGCGGCCAUACUGA